AUAUACACUUAUACAUAUAUAAGUCAAUAUAUAUCUUUUGUCCUGACCUUGAUAAAGAGUGUAUCCUUAACUUUCUGCAAUAACAAAAUGUUAAUUAUUUACAUAAUUCAAAAAGUCGUCUAUAUAAGGCGACCGACCAUAUCGUGUGUGAUUAGAGAAGUAUUCAACAUGGACACUCAUAGCGGCUUAAAGUAUCAUUAUCGUGUAUGGGAGCUAACUGGUUUGAUACAACCCGAGGGGAUGUCACGUCGUCGUUUUCUACUUUAUGCCAUCAUCCUUAAUACGUUUGUCACGUUGUUCUUUCCCAUGACGCUUCUGGCCAAACUUUUUUACACUCAGAGUCUGCCGGAGUUGUGCGAGAAUUUGACCAUUACCAUUACAGAUAUUGCGGCGGGGCUGAAGUUUUUGAAUGUGUUUCUGGUGCUCAAAGAGUUAAAGAAGAUACGCCAUCUGGUGAAGCAAUUGGACGCUCGAGCUUUGGAGGUAAACAAUGAGGAGGAAUUAGGAGUAUUGGAUCGGGGUGUACGUUGGUCGAAGAACAGUUUUCGUAUUUUUGCCGGCAUCUUUGUGUUUGGCACGUGUUUGAGUUGUUUGCGUGUGUAUUUAAGCAAAGAGAGGACAUUGUUGUAUCCUGCAUGGUUUGGCAUCGACUGGCGUCAAUCGGAUUCCGCCUAUGGGAUAAUAUUUGCAUAUCAGUUUCUCGGUUUGGUGGUACAAGCUCUGCAAGAUUGCGCUAAUGACUCAUACCCACCGGCAUUUCUUUGCCUCUUGACGGCUCACAUGCGUGUUCUGGAGCUGCGUAUUCGUCGCAUUGGCUAUGAAGGCCAUGGUAGUCGAGGUGAUGCGCAUGCCAAGCUUGUUGAGUGCAUCCAGGACUUUAUGCAAAUCCAUCGUUUGACCAAUAUUAUACAGCAGAUUCUUUCGGUAACGUGCAUGGUGCAAUUUGCUUGUUCCGCAGCCGUUCAGUGCACUGUGGCUAUGCAUUUCCUUUUCAUUUCCGGCUCCAAUGAUUUGUCGGCGAUGGCUCUGUCUCUAGUCUUCUUUGCUGCUGUCACCUUGGAGAUCUUCAUAUUUUGCUAUUUUGGCGAUGGACUGCAAGCUCAAAGCAUGGCCUUGCUAAAUGCUUUCUAUUCCUGCAAUUGGAUGGAACAGAGUCUGGAAUUUCGGCGGGAUUUGAUUAUUGUAAUGAUAAGAACCCAAAAGGUGUCUUACAUCUGCGCUGGCGGUUAUAUACCCCUCACGUUGGAGACAUUCGUUCAGGUUAUGCGAUUCACCUACUCAGCGUUCACUUUAUUAUUGAAAGCAGUGUAAGGAGCAAUA